AUGAGUAUCAAGGAAGAUGAGGUGGAGAAGUUUCUCGAUGGUAACCCUGCUUUUGCCAAGCAAUACUUUGAUAAGAAACUGAGACCAGAGCCACUGAGCAGCAAUCAGACAUCAGAGGAGAGCGAGAUACUUUUUGAGUUGAUCCAAGACAUGCAGGAAAGCAUUAACAUGGAGAAGGUUGUUUUCAAGACUCUAAGAAGAAUCAGCUGUCUCAUCCACGCAGACCGCUGCAGCCUUUUUAUGUACAGGCAAAGGAACGGCACACCAGAGCUAGCUACCAGGCUUUUCAAUAUCGAGAAAGACAGCACGCUGGAGGAAUGCUUGGUGGCGCCAGAUUGUGAAAUUGUCUAUCCUUUGGACAUGGGCAUCGUGGGGCAUGUUGCUCAAACCAAGAGAACUAUGAACAUCAAGGAUGUCAAUGAGUGCACUCAGUUCAGCAGAUUUGUUGAUGAACUCACCCAAUACACUACAAGGAACAUCCUUGCAACUCCCAUCACGAAUGGCAAAGAUCUAGUUGCUGUGAUCAUGGCCAUUAAUAAGAUGCAUGGCCCAUUCUUCACCAGCUCUGAUGAAAGUCUUUUCCUGAAGUAUCUGAAUUUUGCCUCCUUAAACCUGAAAAUUUAUCAUUUGAGUUAUCUUCACAAUUGUGAGACUCGAAGAGGCCAGGUGCUGUUGUGGUCAGCUAAUAAGGUAUUUGAGGAGCUGACGGACAUCGAGAGGCAGUUCCACAAAGCUUUUUACACAGUGAGAGCAUAUUUGAACUGUGAUAGAUAUUCAGUGGGCCUUCUGGAUAGGACCAAACAGAAGGAAUUUUUCGACGUGUGGCCAGUUCUAAUGGGUGAAGUUCCACCUUAUUCCGGCCCCCGGACUCCAGAUGGCAGAGAAAUAGUCUUUUACAAAGUCGUCGAUUAUAUCCUACACGGAAAGGAAGAUAUUAAAGUUACCCCAAAUCCCACAGCAGAUCACUGGGCACUUGCUACUGGACUCCCAACGUAUGUAGCGGAAAGUGGCUUUAUCUGCAACAUUAUGAAUGCUGCUGCAGAUGAGAUGUUUAAAUUUCAGGAAGGUCCUGUAGAUGACUCAGGAUGGACUAUCAAAAAUGUAUUAUCGAUGCCAAUAGUAAAUAAAAAAGAAGAAAUUGUUGGUGUUGCCACAUUUUACAACAGAAAAGACGGGAAGCCAUUCGAUGAACAGGAUGAGACCCUCAUGGAGUCUUUGACCCAGUUCCUGGGCUGGUCUGUCCUCAACACGGAUACUUACGAUAAGAUAAACAAGCUGGAGAAUCGCAAGGACAUUGCUCAGGACAUGGUGCUGUACCACGUGAAGUGCGAUAAGGAUGAAAUUCAGGAAAUCCUGCCAACACGAGAGAGGCUGGGGAAAGAACCAAUGGAAUGUGAAGAAGACCAAUUGACGGUACUACUGAAAGAAGAACUGCCAGACCCCAUUCAGUCUGAGAUCUACGAGUUCCACUUCUGUGAUUUCAAGUGCACCGAACUAGAGCUUGUGAAGUGUGGAAUUCAGAUGUACUACGAGCUUGGGGUGGUGAAAAAGUUCCAGAUUCCACAAGAGGUGCUGGUGAGAUUCAUGUAUUCCGUCAGCAAGGGUUACAGGAAGGUUACUUACCACAACUGGCGGCACGGCUUCAAUGUGGCACAGACCAUGUUCACGCUUUUAAUGACUGGCAAACUGAAGCGUUACUACACAGACCUUGAAGCCCUUGCUAUGGUAACUGCAGCUUUGUGUCAUGAUAUUGAUCACAGGGGCACCAACAACCUGUAUCAGAUGAAAUCUCAACAUCCUUUAGCAAAACUUCAUGGUUCAUCAAUUUUAGAGAGACACCACUUGGAAUUUGGAAAGUUCUUGCUUUCAGAAGAGUCCCUGAAUAUCUACCAGAAUCUCAACAGACGACAGUUUGAGCAUGUGAAUCAUUUGAUGGAAAUUGCUAUCAUAGCAACUGACUUAGCGCUUUACUUCAAAAAGAGAACUAUGUUUCAGAAGAUUGUUGAUGAGUCCAAGACGUAUGACAACGAAAAUUCCUGGACUGAAUAUUUGUCUCUGGAGACCACAAGAAAAGAGAUUGUCAUGGCCAUGAUGAUGACUGCCUGUGACUUAUCUGCGAUCGCUAAACCCUGGGAAGUGCAGAGUAAGGUAGCUCUCCUAGUAGCAGCUGAAUUCUGGGAACAGGGAGACUUGGAAAUAAGUGUACUCCAGCAGCAGCCUAUUCCUAUGAUGGACAGGAAAAAAGCACCGGAGCUUCCAAAGCUUCAAGUCGGUUUCAUUGACUUUGUGUGCACAUUUGUCUAUAAGCUGCUGUCCUCCCGGGGGCAUCAGUGGCAGGCUCUUCUGCUCUCAGAGGCCCACUAG